GGGCCGUCCUGCGGAAAGAAGGGCGUCUGCAGGGAGGGAUUGGCGGAGGCCGUGCAGAAGAAGCUCCAGGCCGAAGUGGAGAAGGAACAGCAGGUGCCAAAAGGUAACUUCUGAAAAAGCUCUGCAAAGAAUACGUUGUGAGAGCUUUGCCCAAGGAGUGCUCUAAGUCUAAAGGGACUUCAAGAUACACAGCAAUGACAACAAGAAAAAAUAAGUAGUAAAAAUAUAUUUCAAGCUACAAACCUAUGCAGUUAAGAGGAGGAAAUAAGAUUGUGCUGAAAAAAGAGAGGCUUGGGAAAGCGAGCAGAAGGCUACAGCAAUACAAAGACUGUGCUGUUCAGGAGGUUAUAUCUGUGAACUCCUGGCAUAAUAUUUGAAUUAUAAAUAUAAAAGAAUGGCAAGUCCUCUACCUCCCUAUCCUAGAUCACACACAGGGGAGAAGUUACAUCAGUGUCUGGAAUGUGGGAAACAAUUUGAUUGGAAAAAUUCUCUUACUGUACAUGAAAGGACCCACACAGGGGAGAAGCCAUAUGAAUGUGUGGAAUGUGGAAAGAGCUUCAGUCAGAGUGACAGUCUACGUUCCCAUCAAAGGACCCACACAGGGGAGAAGCCAUAUAAAUGCAUGGAAUGUGGAGAAAACUUCAGUCACAGUAGCAGUCUACGUUCCCAUCAAAGGACCCACACAGGGGAGAAGCCCUAUAAAUGCAUGGAAUGUGGAGAAAACUUCAGUCACAGUGGCAGUCUACGUUCCCAUCAAAGGACCCACACAGGGGAGAAGCCCUAUAAAUGCAUGGAAUGUGGAGAAAACUUCAGUCACAGUGGCAGUCUACGUUCCCAUCAAAGGAAGCACACAGGGGAGAAGCCAUAUAAAUGCAUAGAAUGUGGAGAAAGCUUCAGUCGGAGUGACAGUCUACGUUCCCAUCAAAGGAAGCACACAGGGGAGAAGCCCUAUAAAUGCAUGGAAUGUGGAGAAAACUUCAGUCACAGUGGCAGUCUACGUUCCCAUCAAAGGAAGCACACAGGGGAGAAGCCAUAUAAAUGCAUAGAAUGUGGAGAAAGCUUCAGUCAGAGUGACAGUCUACGUUCCCAUCAAAGGAAGCACACAGGGGAGAAGCCCUAUAAAUGCAUGGAAUGUGGAGAAAGCUUCAGUCGGAGUGGCAGUCUACGUUCCCAUCAAAGGAAGCACACAGGGGAGAAGCCAUAUAAAUGCAUAGAAUGUGGAAAGAGCUUCAGUCGGAGUGACAAUUUACGUUCCCAUCAAAGGACCCACACAGGGGAGAAGCCAUAUAAAUGCAUGGAAUGUGGAGAAAACUUCAGUGAAAGUGGCAGUCUACGUUCCCAUCAAAAGACCCACACAGGGGAGAAGCCACAUAAAUGCAUAGAAUGUGGAAAGAGUUUCAGUCGGAGUGGACAUCUACGUUCUCAUCAAAGGACCCACACAGGGGAGAAGCCACAUAAAUGCAUGAAAUGUGGAGAAAGCUUCAGUCAGAGUGGCAGUCUACGUUCCCAUCAAAGGACCCACACAGGGGAGAAGCCACAUAAAUGCGUAGAAUGCGGAAAGAGCUUCAGUCACAGUGGCAAUCUACGUUCCCAUCAAAGGACCCACACAGGGGAGAAGCCACAUAAAUGCGUAGAAUGCGGAAAGAGCUUCAGUCACAGUGGCAAUCUACGUUCCCAUCAAAGGACUCACACAGGGGAGAAGCCAUAUAAAUGCAUAGAAUGUGGAAAGAGCUUCAGUCAGAGUGACAGUCUACGUUCCCAUCAAAGGACCCACACAGGGGAGAAGCCACAUAAAUGCGUAGAAUGCGGAAAGAGCUUCAGUCAGAGUGGACAUCUACGUUCUCAUCAAAGGACCCACACAGGGGAGAAGCCAUAUAAAUGCAUAGAAUGUGGAAAGAGCUUCAGUCAGAGUGACAGUCUACGUUCCCAUCAAAAGACCCACACAGGGGAGAAGCCAUAUAAAUGCAUAGAAUGUGGAGAAAGCCUCAGUCAGAGUGGCAGUCUAUGUUCCCAUCAAAGGACCCACACAGAGGAGAAGUCACCUUAAUGCACGGAAUAGGAACAGAGCUUUAGAAAAAGUUCAGCAUACAGUAGACAUCACAGAACUCAUGUACCUCUAGAGGAGACGGGCCUUUGAGUUUCCGAAUCUAUAAAAACACAUUGGAAGGAAAGAGGAAGGCCAGCACCUUGCUCUCUCUCCACCAUGAAUCGGAGUUUGUGUGGCCUUGGUUGACGGCUACUGGGAGCAGGUGUCACUCAGAAUGGCAGCAAGCUUGGAAGGGGUUCACCUAACCUCCUCCGCAAAGAGACCCAUCGCAGGCUUCUAGGAUGAUGUGUGAAGGUUUGCUGAAAUGAGCAGCAGCAGAGAUCUCUGGAUUAAAGGGUUCUGAAAAAGAAUAGCUCUUUGGUUGCAGAUAACGUCGUAUCUUCAUACUCCUGCCUUAUUUCUUGGCUCUUCUGCAUUCAAUGGCAUCAAUUGUUUCCCAUGCAUGUGUACUGUAUGUACUGUGAUCUGUCCUGAGUCCCUUGGUUGAAAUUUUGGGUGCUAGCCCUGUACUUUUAACCCUUUUCUGGACUUUGUUGUAUCCUGAAUCAUUGACUCUAAAUUCUGGACUGACGUCUAGGUUUCGUAUAUGGACUUGGACUUUGUUUGUAUCCCUGACUUUCUGGCUUGACUUUGGGACUCUAAAUUCGGUUUGUACUCUUGAUUUCUUGGUUGUUGUUUUAUCAACUCAGCUGAAUGAACUCCUGGCAUGUGACUGUUGGGACUGUGACCUUGGUUCUUGUUAAUUUUCACUCCUGACCUGUAUCUGCAGUACUCAACUUGUCUGCAAUAAUUGGACUCUUGACCUGCACUUGUAUUCAUUGUUCCUUCAACGGUGUUGCUCCAAUUAUUUUAGCUCAGUGGCUCCCAACCUUUUUUUAACUAGGGAUCAUUUGACAAGGGACCACUCUCCAAAAUUAGUACCAGAAGGGUUAUAAAUCAGUUUUUGGUCAACUUUAGAUUUGGUUUGGUUAUUUGGAGUGAUGAUUCAGAAAAUUGCAUUGGAUAGACCACGUCAGCUCUCAUUCCUGAUAUGCCAUCCAGUGAGUCGUCAUCUGCUCGCCCACAGAAAACCAUAUUUAAUAAUCCUCGGGACUAUCAGAGGGUUUUGCGAGACCAGUCACUCUCAUUGUAAUGGUGUAGUAACUGUGAGGCUGUGAACCCUAUUUUAGUUCUUGCGGACCACUGGUGGUCCAUGGACCCCAGGUUGGGAACCACUGUUUUAGCUGGACUGAAGACUUUAGUUUUCCUAUAAAAUAAUAUGGUCUUGGCUUGUCUUGUGUUUGUUUAAUAAACCUCAGACUUUAUACCGAGAGAGCCCUGGAACAUGAGACCAUCAGCCUUGCUUUGUGUGUACUUAUCCCUGUGUAGAGUGAAACCCUUUCUGGAUAUGAGACUGUUCAAUCCCCACCUUUGGCAAAGGGUCCAUUAGGACACACAGUAUCCCUACCCAACUGCAGAGAAUGGAAGACAAAAAAUGACUACAACGACUGAUGAAGAUUCAUGAAUCCGUUGAGAUGGACAUAUUAACUACAUUCAUGAAGUAUAGAACCGCAUUGAAAGGAAAUAAGAGUAAAUAGAGAUACAAAUCAUAUAGUGAGUGAGUUUUGUAAAUUAGCGUUUGAUGUCAGUUAGUUUUGUUCUUAUUGUCCAAGGUGUGUGUCCUUGUUCCCUUUAUAUUUGUUAAAUAGGCCUUUUUUUAAAAAAUGUACCAAAAUUAUUAUUUGUAUAAAAUACUGUUUUUAAAUACCAAAAUUGUAAUUUGUGUAAACAUGCUUUGAUUUGUUUUUCUUCUUUAGUCUUUGAAUAAAUAUUGUUUUUUAAAAAUGA